GCAAGCAUGAAGGCGUUCCGCAAGGCCAAGCGCACAGUGACCCGGUCCAUCCACCAGGACCUCCACCACAAGAUCGAAGAAGAGCGGGAUGUGGCAAAGGUGCUGGUCAAAUCGGCAGAGACGUUGCGGGCGGCAACAGAGCAUUCGCGGGCGUGGGGCGACACGACCGAGUCGUCGACGCUCCUAGCUUACGCGCAGAUGGAGUCGCAGGCCGACGCACAGUGGGCUGAUGCCUUGGCAGAGUACGGCGAGGCGCGCGGGCAGUAUGCUGCUGUGUGGGCAGAGGUGCUGGAGAAGGAGCGUGCACGCGACUCGGCUAAGAAGGCACUGGCCAAAGCCGAGGCUAACCUGGAGUCCGCGCAGUCCAAGCUGGCCAAGGCGCAGGGCAAGGCAAACUUUGAGGCCAAGCGUAGCCAGCUUGAGGAGGGCGUCUCGCUCGCCGAGGCCGACCUUCGAUCGGCGCGCGAGCUUGCCGAGCAGCUGACCGACGAGUGCGAGUCAUUCACCUCGCGCGAGCUGAUCAAGGCCACUCGUGCCAACGCCGCGGCCACGCUCGCCCUAUGCAAGCUUGGCACUCGGGUGUACUCGGACCUCCACGCCCGGUGCGAGGAGCUGGAUGGGACCGGCGGUGGGCGCAAGUACGCCCGCACCGCCGUGGCCUCGGCCGCCGAUGCUGCCAUCGACAUGUUUGACGAGGACAACACGGCCGCGCUCCACGCCACCACUGCAUCAGGUGCCGGUCUGAACCCGUUCGACACCGAGGAGGCCAGCACGGUGCCUGUGGCCAGCGCUCCACCCGCAGAGCCUGCGCCUGCCGCCGACGACAACCCGUUCGCUGACGAUCCGUUUGCCGAUGAGCCCGUGCAUGCCGCCGCUGCGCCUGCCGCCGCCGCUGCUGCCGCGCCCGCCACUGCUGCCGCGCCCGCCGCUGCUGCUGACGGCAACCCGUUUGGCGACGACAUUCCCGACGACGAGCCCGCAGCAGCAGCAGCAGCCGCCGCAGAGUCCAAGCCUCCCACUGAUGAUACGGCCAGUGACGAGACUACAGUUGUUGCCCGUGCGCGUGCCAUCGCCGACUUUGCUGGCGACAACGAGGGCGAACUGCCGUUUGCCCAAGGCGACAUGCUCGAGAUCACGGACCUGAUGGACGGGGUGUGGUACUAUGGGCGUAACGGCGAGGUCUACGGUGAGAUUCCGUCCAACUUUGUUGAGAUGAUUUAGCCAGAGCCCGCCCGGAUCCCGGCCGGCUGCAGCCAGGGUGCGGCCAGAACGCCAUGCCCGAGCGCUCGCCUCCUCUCGAUCGCAUCCUCAGCCUCGGGCGCCACCAUAGCCAUGGAAGAAUGAUCCCUUCCUCUCCGCCGCCCUCCAGCCACCGAU